AUGCCUUGUACACUUCGCUCAGGCUUUCGUUUUUCGCUCAAGCCACAGUACCCUACGUCUCGCCAGUCUCUAGUACUUCGCCACCGGUUCGCACGUAGUCAACAUACAGCUACCGACAUUCACAAUGCUCCAGUCAAAGCGAAACGCAGCUCUCUUCGAAGCAUUGCGGCAUCUCUCUUCUUCUUCGGCACCGGCUGGGCUCUGAAUGAGCACUACAAAUUCGUAUCUUUCGCAUCACCGCAGCCUCUCAACGACCUGACUUUCACGCCCUUCGCUCUCAAGAACAAAGAGACUGUCUCGUCUACAAGCGCCAUCUUCACCCUGUCGCAAGCGCAUAUUCCUCCAGGCACAUUUGACAACUGGUGGAAGAAGGGAGUCUGGAGUAUUGAGAUCAAACAGCCUCAACUCCAGAUUGCAAGAGCAUAUACCCCUUUGCCGCCACUUGAUGGUUCGGACCCGGAUGCUUUGCGUCUGUUGGUGCGCCGUGAGCAGAGAGGCGAGGUGUCAGGAUACAUACACAGACGACCUCAGGGCGCUGAUGUCGAAGUCAGAGGUCCUGCUGUCGAGUACGAGUUGCCAGAACAAGUCGACCAAGUAGUCUUCUUGGCUGGAGGCACUGGUGUUGCACCUGCUAUCCAGAUUGCACAUGCUCUGGGUGACAAGGCUCGCAUUGCUGUGUUGUGGGCAAGCAGAUCAAGAGAAGAUUGUCUUGGAGGACAGAGCGAUGACCCAAUCACGCCUGGUUGGUAUGCUGCCUUUGCCAGACUCUUUACCAGCGCUCCACAUCACUCUGUAUCGCAUAGCAGCGAAAAGGGCUUGAUUGUAAAGCAAUUGGAUGCGCUCAAACAGGCCAACCCAGCACUUUCCGUCGACUAUUUUGUUGACGAAGAAAGCACCUAUAUCACUCCUCAGAAUGUGCGCAAUGUCGUCGCGCCAGCUUCAAAUCAGCCAACGGCUCCUGCUCAAGGCAAAAAGAUCAUUCUUGUGUCAGGGCCAGAAGGCUUCAUUAAUUACUGGGCUGGUCCCAAGCAAUGGUUGAAUGGUCGAGAAGUGCAGGGUCCGCUGGGCGGUGCGCUUGCACACAUGGACCUCAAAGGCUGGCAAGUCGUCAAGCUGUGA